AUGCCUGGAGAUACGCUCAAGUUACCGACGGACCAAUCGAGAAAUCGUACUCGUUCUCAGGGCAGCAUUAUAGCGUUGCUCGUUGUACAAAGAGAAUAUUUGCGAUCUAUUCAUCGCACGUGCAAUUCGGCUGUGAGGCUCACUGAAACGUCCGCCUCCAUUACAGUCUCGACGAAACUCCAAACGUUAACGCAGCUAUGGGCCAAAUGUCGAUGCAAUCACGAGGAGUUAACGGCAUAUUCGAUUGAUCCGGACGUCAGUGACUAUCUCAAAGGUACCGAAUUUGGUGACAUGGAGGAUCGAGUUCUUGAUGCGACGGACGCGCUCACCGCCUUGCAGAGCAACAUGCCUUCGACAUCGUCAAUUAGGAGGGACGCUGCCGACGCAUCGUCGACUUCGAGGUUCACCAGUCUCGAGCGCAUCCCUCUGCCGACCUUCAACGGAGAUCAGAAGGACUGGGCCCACUUUCGAGACAUGUUUGACUCGAUGGUCGUCCGUGAGUCUGGACUGUCUAACGUACAGAAGUUUUAUUAUCUUAAAAGUUGUUUGACCGGUACGGCAUUGUCGUUGAUUAAAAAUUUACCGAUUACCGAUGCAAAUUUCGAAUCGGCUUGGAAAUUAAUUAAUGAUCAUUAUCAAGAUAUUCAAGUUUUGACUUUUUCUCUUAUAGUUCGGUUAUUAAAACUUAGGCCCGUAAGCGGCGAUAGUCCGGCCGCGUUAGAGACUCUAGUUAAUCAAACUCGCGAAAUACUUGUCUCUCUCGAAAACUUGAAUCAAUUAUUGUGGGAUUCCAUAUUAGUUGUUAUGACGCUUAUGCGUCUGGACCCGACGAUUCGAAAGAGUUGGGAAGAGAACAUCGGUAAAAGAGAAACAUUUCCAAAUUAUGACGAACUUGAGCAAUUUCUGAACGGUAAAGUACACGCUUUAAAUGUUGCGUCGAUUAAAAGCGAAGUCACAUGCCUGAACGACAAUGCCGUAACGAAAAAUUCAAAACAUAAAAACGGUGUUGACUCUAAGGUCACUUUGCACGUUGCGAACACCAAUACUUCUGUUUGUCAUUUGUGCUCCGCGGCUCAUAACAUAUCGAAGUGCGCGAAAUUCAAGGUCAUGUCUGCGAGCGAACGUUUAGAUUCCGCCCGAGCGGCGCAUUUAUGCUUUAAUUGUCUCGCUAAAGGUCAUUUUCCGCCGAGCUGUAAAAACAAACCGGGUUGCGAUAAGUGUAAGAAGCGGCAUCAUAAAAUGCUUCAUCAAGCAUUCUCACCGCGUACAUCGGAUCCCGAGUCAAUAAACAGUAACGCGGUUACUUCCGUUUCGAGUAACGAUCACGCGAAGUUAUCUAAUGUAACUUCCUGUCAUUCGGGAGUCGCCAAGUCAAAAACGUUAAGGCCGGUGUUAAUUGCGACAGCGUGGGUACACGUGCGUACGGCUGAAGGUCGUGAACUGCCAUUUCGCGCAGUCAUAGAUUCUGGCUCCGAGUGCUCGUUAAUAUCUGAAGCAGCUGCUCAAGCGUUACGCGUGCAAAGAAUUGCGUGCUCUGCUUCAAUUUCAGGUACUGGCGCCACCGUCUCCGGGGUCGUGAAGCACUCCACCCGCGUUGAGCUACGAUCACGAAAUAAGUCUCAGCUUGUAGUCGUGAUCGAGCCUCUUAUUUUAUCUCGGCUUUCUAAUUAUGUUCCGCGACGAUUUGUUAAGGCUUCUGAGUGGACCGGCGUCGGACAACUGACAUUGGCCGACCCCGACCCCUGCAGUGAUAAGCCGAUCGACUUAAUACUCGGUGCCGAUUGUUAUGACGAAAUAAUACUUCAGGAUCGGGUGAAGUUUCCCGGAGAGCCGUAUGCUAUUCAUUCGCGAUUCGGGUGGGUGCUGCGCGGUCCGGUGGACGACGGUCCUGUCAAUGUAUCGUCGUCGCAUACGACUAUUUCGUCAUUACACGUGACCCCUAAUACUGAUUUGACUCGUGCGAUCGAGCGCUUUUGGGAGGUUGAGGAGAUUCCUUCGCAGACCCAGUUAUCCGCUGAGGAUCAAUAUUGCGAGGACCUCUUCGUCGCGACUACUAAUCGUGAUACGUCAGGAAGGUACAAUGUCGCGUUGCCGUUUAAGGGGAAUCUUCCAAUUGAUAUUGGGGAUUCUCACAAAAAUUCGCUCCGUAUGUAUGCGUCUUUGGAGCGUCGUUUGAAAAAGGAUCGACAGUUAGCUGUCGAAUAUAAUGAUUUCUUAAAUGAAUAUUUAAGAUUAGGACAUAUGAGUCCGUAUACGCCCACGGAUGUCGAGGAGCAGCGAUGCUUUAUACCGCAUCAUCCGGUAUUAAAGCCAAGUAGCACUUCGACGAAGGUAAGGGUUGUAUUUAACGCGUCUGCGCGCACUGGCAAUGGAAAGUCUCUCAACGACUGCCUCCUUAUUGGACCAAAAUUGCAGACUGAUCUAUGUGCCAUUUUGUUACGUUGGCGCUGGCACCGGUUUGUGUGUGCCGCCGAUAUUGCGAAGAUGUUUCGGCAAAUUCGCGUGCACGAUGAUCAUACGCGUUUUCAAUUAAUUCUCUGGAGGCAAUCGGAGAAAGACGCGGUAAUUCCGUAUCGGUUACGGACGGUAACUUACGGCACCGCUCCUGCGCCCUUUUUAGCAUUGCGCGUCUUGCGGCAGUUAGCAGAGGACGAGAAGCAUCGUUUCCCUCUGGCUGCGCAUAACGUCAUAUUCAAUUCAUAUGUUGACGAUAUAUUUUUUGGCGCGUCGGAGAUAGAAGAAUGUCGCGAGAUUCGAGAGCAGAUGAUAGGACUGACCAACGCGGGCGGGUUUCCUCUACACAAAUGGAGUUCCAAUUGUCCGGAUUUAAUCUCCGAUUUAUCCGAAACGAUUCGCGAUCCUGCACAAAACGUAGAUUUUAAAGAGGAUGAUCAAUUAAAAAUCCUUGGCAUAUAUUGGGCACCAUUGGAGGAUGCUUUUAGUUUUCGUAUUUGUGCAGAAGUUCCGUCGCAUAUAACAAAACGCACCUUUCUCUCGUAUAUAUCGAGAAUCUACGAUCCAUUAGGUUGGUUGUCGCCUGUCAUUAUUAUCGGUAAGAUCCUUAUUCAACAAUUGUGGCUGUCUAGGAUCGACUGGGACACGACACUACCGUCGGACCUGAAUGAAAGGUGCAUCUCUUUUUGCCACGGACUCAUCUCGCUUGCUACUGUUUGUAUCCCGCGCUGGGUGCACUCCCGCGAGGACUCAAGUAUCGAGAUCCAUGGGUUCGCGGAUGCGUCCCAGGCCGCUUACGCAGCCGUGAUCUACCUUCGAGUGAUCCAUAAAUUCGAGCCACAAGUUUUCUUGCUAACAAGUAAGAGCAAGGUUGCUCCGUUGAAAACGGUCUCGGUUCCUCGUUUGGAGCUCUGUGCGGCCGAACUCUUAUCACGGCUCCUUGCUUGGACCAUUUCUGCGUUGAACCUUGAGCAGGUCCCCAUUUACGCUUGGACGGAUUCCACCGUCGCAUUGGCCUGGCUUAGCAAGUCUCCGGCCACAUGGAAAGUAUUCGUGGCGAAUCGGGUGUCUCUCAUCCAAACGCAAUGUCCUCAGGCAAGUUGGCGUCAUGUUCCUACGCAGGACAACCCUGCGGACUUAGCUUCUCGUGGAGUCUCUCCGACUCAAUUGAUCAAAAAUCCACUAUGGUGGUACGGGCCCUCGUGGCUCUCCUGUGAGCCCCAAGAGUGGCCCUCUGUCGACUCUUCUGAUAGUCUGCCGACUUCUGACCUUGAGGCACGGUCAGUCGUCACUCACGUCACCAAUGUCUCCGAGUGGGAUCUGUCCACUCGCUAUUCUGAUUGGAGCAAACUGCUCAAGAUAACUGCGUUAAUUUUACGCUUCGUGAAACUGACACGACGACAGCUUCCAUGUACGGAACUUUUAUACACUACGCGGUUGAUGACGGAAGCCAAAACCUUUUGGAUCAAGGUCAUACAGUCGUCGUUAUAUGCGACCGAACUUCAUUUAUUGCGAGCCGAGCAAAGAUUGCCACGUUCGAGUUCGCUACUUUCUUUGGAUCCGUUCAUUGAUGAUGACGGAAUUAUUCGUAUGGGAGGCAGAUUGAUGCACGCUCCAUUGACAUUCGCUCAGAAGCAUCCAGUAAUCCUGAGCCAAACUCCUCUGACGCGUAUAAUAGUGCGUGAUGCACAUUUACGCACUCUCCAUGGGGGAACGUCGUUAACAUUACGUCUACUCCGAGAGGAGUACUGGAUACUCCGAGCAAAAAUAAUUGUACGAUCGGUUAUUGGUCAGUGUGUCAUCUGCUCUCGACAUCGUGCAAAUUUGAGCAGUCAGAAAAUGGCUCAUUUGCCCGAGAUACGAACUAAUGUGGCGCGUCCGUUUUUGAAAGUCGGGGUAGAUUAUGCCGGACCCUUGCCAGUGCGCGCCUUCGCCGGACGUGGUCAUCAAUCCCGUAAGGCCUAUAUAGCCCUUUUCGUGUGCUUGAUAACCCGUGCCGUGCACAUAGAACUCGUUACCGAUCUGUCUUCCGCAGCAUUCAUCGCCGCCUUUCGACGAUUUUGUUCACGCCGCGGUAUUCCUGCGAUUGUAUUAAGCGAUAACGGAACCAAUUUCCGUGGCGCGCAGACGGAAUUAUACCGUAUUUUUCACGCUAGUAUGUGCGAUGGUGCCGUCGAAUCAUCUAUGGCCUCGUUAGGCAUAGAAUGGCGCUUUAUUCCAGCCUCCGCUCCACACUUUGGCGGGAUUUGGGAAGCUGGAGUAAAGUCGGUCAAGCACCACUUAAAGCGUAUAGUUGGCGUACAUACGCUAACCAUUGCCGAAUUAGAGACACUGUUGUGUCAAAUAGAGGCCUGCCUAAAUUCGCGACCGAUCGCUGGACUCUCGAAUUCCCCAGACGAUCUAUCGUAUUUGACUCCCGGUCACUUCUUGACCGGCGCUCCACUUCUUGCGUUGCCUGAUGCUUUGCUACUAGAUCGUCCGGAAUCGAGAUUGACGAGAUAUCAACUCGUUCAGCGGAUGCGAGACCGAUUUUGGCAGGUUUGGCGCUUGGAUUUUCUUAACUCUCUGCAGAAGCGCAAUAAAUGGCACAAUCAGCGCGCAAAUUUAAACGUGGGUGAUAUUGUCAUCAUUAAGGAUGACAAUGCUCCACCCUCUAGAUGGGAAUUAGGGCGUAUAACACAGUGCUUCCCGAGUGAAGAUGGGUUGAUCCGCGUUUGCGAGGUGAGGACUGCUACCUCUACCUUUCGACGACCGAUCCACAAAUUGUGUCUCCUUCCGAUCGCUGAUCGAGACGAAAAGGAUCACAAUCUGUAG